UCACCCCCACGACCACGAUCGGCGAGCGGGUCCAAGGCCAGGAGGCCAAAUCCAAUCGCUAACCACCGCCGGCGUCGUCUACUACGUCUACUACCUGCUCUCCCCCAGACCAGAGGCCAGAGCAGGCCGCAGCAUCCACUCGAGGACUCUGCAGCAGCAACAGCUCAGCGGGCCAGACGACUCCGUGGCUCCGUCCGCCGAUCAACACGCCGGCACGCCUCCCGUUUCCUCAUUCCCAGGCUGCACUGCGCCGCGUCCAGACGCCGGGAGCCUCACCGCCUCCCUCCGGCGAAAACCGUUCCUCCUCCCCGGCGAGCUACCUCCGUUCCGGGUCUGCGAGGUAGUGCCGGCGACGAGGCCUCUCCAUCCCCUCUGGCGAGCUCCCCUUCCAAAGUGGUGAGGUAAGCCUGUCCCCGUUCCUUACCUCUCCUGUAGUCUCCUGUAACUCUUCUGAAAAUAAAACUCACAGUUGACGAUUAGAACCAUGCGAAACUACAAUGAUCAUGUAUGUACUUCCGCCCACUGAAUCAGACAUGAACAGUUGUUUUGCUUUUCUUAAGAAAAGGUAAAAGAAAAGAAAAAAAAGGCUAUAUUCAUGAUUCUCACACUCCGAUCCAUGUCGGUGUUAUUUGUCUCUAGUAUACUUGCUUUAGUAUGUGUAGCACAUCUGCACAUGGUUAGGCUGAGCUGUGUAGAGCAUGUGUUAGAGGUAGUUUUGAGCCUAUUUUUUCUUUUCAUAUAUGAAUUGAUAUGUACCUAUAAAUUCCUAAUUGCAAUUUAUUCUUGAUUAAAAUGUUUAGAAAUUGUUCUCUACAAAUCAUUAUAAGAUUAAAGAAAGGCUCUGCUACAGUAAAGUCUUCCCUACUGAAAGAACAAUAUGAAACAUCUUAGGGUAAAAUCAGGAUUCUUCCAGAUUAACCAGGAUUGAUAAAAAAUUCAACAAAGGACUUUCAGCUUAUGCAAGAAAUAAGGUAAAUAAGAAAGAACCAUAGUAAAUUCAGCAAGAUUGAGCAAAAUUCCUUUAAACGCCUUAAGGUGAAAUAAGGCAAAGGAUCAAGUAUUCCAGAUUAAUGCCAGGGUGUCUCCUAUUGUUCUCUCAGGACUUAUUGUUCAUUGUAGCCUCUCUGUGUCCUUUAAUCUUAUAAUAAUUUGUGGAAAAAAAGUUCCUAAAAAUGGAAUGUUUAUAACUUGGUUAAUUCCAGUGCAUCUUAUAAAUAUUAUGGCUUACAUAUCUCAUCUAACCUUUCUCAGACAGUGCUUUGGAUAUUAGCUUUUGCAUUUUAGUGGAUCAGUCCUCCCAGGGGUUAUGCAUGACAGCCCCUGUGGCUCUUCCAAAUGAUCUAGAAACAGUCUCCCAUUCUGCAAGGGUUGACUUAUUCCGAGACACUAGUUGCAACAUAGAAAAGGAGGUGUUGGCCAGUUUGGGAAAUGGCCAAGAUUCAACUGCUGCUGGAACAAAUCCUGGUUUCAGAGUUGGGGAGAUCAGGUUUGCUAAUGGAGAUAUUUAUUCCGGCACAUUGUUGGGGAACACACCAGAGGGUUCAGGCCAGUAUCGCUGGUCAGAUGGUUGCACCUAUGAGGGUGAGUGGAGGAGAGGGAUGAGGCAUGGGCAAGGAAAGACGCGAUGGCCAUCUGGAGCUACCUAUGAGGGUGAGUAUUCUGGUGGCUACGUAUUCGGUGAAGGCACCUAUACGGGUCCAGAUAAAAUCAUCUAUAAGGGACGGUGGAAGUUGAAUCGCAAGCAUGGGCUUGGACAUCAGACAUAUCCAAAUGGAGACAUAUUUGAAGGUUCGUGGAUUCAGGGAGAAAUAGUAGGUCAUGGGAAGUACACAUGGGCGAAUGGGGACACUUACGUUGGCAACAUGAAAAGUGGCAAGAUGUCAGGGAAAGGAACUCUUACAUGGAAAAAUGGGGACUCAUAUGAGGGUAACUGGAUGGAUGGCAUGAUGCAUGGGUAUGGAAUCUAUACAUGGAAUGAAUGCGGGUAUUAUAUUGGAACAUGGACAAGAGGACUGAAGGAUGGGAAAGGUAAAUUCUAUCCGAACGGUUGCAGAAUUCCUGUUAACGAUGAGCUGUAUAUCAAUAAUCUAAGAAACCGCGGUGUAUUGCCUGAUAUUAGAAGGCAGAAUCAUGGUUCACGCAUACUUCACUCUUCCUCGGUUGACAUGGGGAACAUGAAGGUUGGUAUGAUUAGGCAAUCUUCAGAUGUUUUGUCCAAAAGGAAUUCAACUGAGCAGCCUCCUUUGAAGAAUGUGUCUUUGGAAAGACGGUGGAGUCUUGAGGUGGCUAUUGAAAAGUUUAUUGGCCAUGAUUCGAGUGAAAGUUCUGGUCUAGAAAGCUUGGAAAACUUGAGUGAUUCUCGAUUGCCCAUACUGGAAAGAGAAUACAUGCAAGGUGUUCUAAUCAGCGAGGUGGUUCUUGACAGGAGUUUUUCAGACUCCUCAAAGAAGACAAAACGCCGCCAGAAGAAAAUAGUGAGGGAUACAAAAAAGCCUGGAGAGACAAUAAUUAAGGGACACAGGAGCUAUGAUUUAAUGCUCAGCCUGCAGCUUGGGAUCAGGUACACAGUUGGAAAGAUUACACCAAUUCAAAAACGUGAAGUUCGUGCUUCAGAUUUUGGACCAAGAGCAAGUUUCUGGAUGAACUUCCCAAAAGAAGGAUCUCGGCUUACUCCUUCACAUUCAGCGGAGGAUUUUAAAUGGAAAGACUACUGUCCCAUGGUUUUCAGGAAUUUGAGAGAGAUGUUCAAGAUUGAUGCUGCAGACUAUAUGAUCUCCAUAUGCGGAAAUUCUGCUCUUAGGGAACUAUCUUCCCCUGGAAAGAGUGGAAGUGUCUUUUUCUUGUCACAAGAUGAUAGGUUCAUGAUUAAGACUCUCCGAAAAUCUGAAGUGCAGGUUCUUUUACGAAUGCUUCCAAACUAUUAUGAUCAUGUCCGUACCUAUGAGAACACCCUCAUAACUAAGUUUUUUGGCCUCCACAGGGUGAAACCUUCUAGUGGUCAAAAGUUCCGGUUUGUUGUAAUGGGAAACAUGUUUUGCACUGAAUUGAGAAUUCACCGGAGGUUUGAUUUGAAAGGCUCAUCUUUAGGCCGCUCUACUGACAAAAUUGAAAUUGAUGAGAACACAACUCUGAAGGAUCUGGAUCUUAACUAUUCCUUUUAUCUUGAACCUUCCUGGCGUGAGGCUCUACUUAAGCAGAUUGAAACAGACAGUGAUUUUUUGAGAACACAGCGGAUAAUGGAUUACAGCCUACUGCUUGGUGUUCAUUAUAGAGCUCCACAGCACUUGCGAACACGUGCAUCGUAUCACCGGAGCAUGGCAGCAGAUAGGUUGACUGUUGUUUCAGAAGAAGAUGCUCAGGAAGAUGAUGCCCUUAGCUAUCCAGAAGGAUUAGUUUUGGUUCAAAGCAGUGGCGAGAACAGUGUUGUUGUUGGUCCUCACAUAAGAGGCAGCCGUUUGCGUGCAUCAGCUGCUGGAUUUGGUGAAGUAGACCUACUGCUGCCUGGUACAGCCAGGCUUCAGAUCCAGCUAGGAGUUAACAUGCCUGCAAGGGCAGAGCAAAUACCUAAGGAAGAUGAAAGCAAACCAUUUCGUGAGGUGUAUGAUGUCGUCCUCUACCUGGGCAUCAUUGACAUAUUGCAAGAGUACAACAUGACAAAGAAAAUCGAGCAUGCUGUCAAGUCCAUGCAAUAUGACUCGGUCUCGAUCUCUGCUGUGGACCCCCAGUUCUACUCAGAGCGUUUCUUGAAGUUCAUCCAGACCGUCUUCCCUGAGAAUUCAUAGCUCAGCAUCCAAUACUUGUUUGAAAGAUGCUCACUCGCUGCCGUUUUGUUAGUGAUGUUGGCCAAGCACAUGAAACCUCAUCUGCAUGACAGUUCAUGUCUUCAAAAUUGGAGCUUGCAAGCAUCAGAAAAACACUACACUCUCUUCAGUGCAUACCUGUUCCUUCUUGGAUGAACUAGCGUGCAUGUUCCUUCCUGGAUGAACUGGCAAGAAGAAUGGCCAACAAGAUGAGAUUCGUCAGGGCAAUUUUGCAGAAGCAAAUUGAUCUUCUCUUGGUUUUGUCCCGAGCCCCUGGGAUCAGCUUGCUAGCUUCGCGGAGUAGGCAUGGCAUACUGGUCUGGAGCAAGGCUAUCCUGUGAGUUGUGAGGAUUCUACUGACAACGGCGCCAUGGAAGUCUGGGAAUCACUAUGUUUAUAUUUAUAUCUCGACAGUUGCAGAAAGCUAAACCAGGAGCAGCUUUUGCCUCUGGGUCGUGUUUUCAUAUGUUAAGGUGCUAUAUGGAGGCUAUUUGUAAUAAGAACCUAAAAAUAUGCAUCAAUAUCAAAUCCAUUUUUGUAGGACAAAAAAAAAAGGGAAUAUGUAUUGCAAAAUGAAAAGAAAUGGAAGCAAGAAUAAGAAGGCCAUUUCGCAAA